GGGCGAGUUUUAUGCAUUUAAAUAUAUAAGAAGUUAUCAUAAUUUUCGCGUAGAAUAUUGACGUAUUUCUAUGUUCGAUAUAUUUUACGACGGAAAUAACCUUGUAUAAUGUAUUUCAUAUUUGUAUAUAGCAUAAUAUUAACGUCUAUUAUUCAAAUGGAUUGUAAAAGUAGAAAAUACGACUUGGAGUUCGAAGCCAGAAAAUUAUAUGGACAAGACUUAAAAUCAGUUCUUGAAAGAUUCAGACGAACUCCGGAGUAUAUUGAGAUACUAAAUGAAGAGAAAGAAAAAAUUCAAAAGAUAGUCGAAAUGAACUUUGAUUCAAAUAGUAUUUAUUAUUUAUCAAACCUGGAGCAAAAAGUUAAGGAAAUUAUUUCUGAAAAUACCACUAAUCCCAGUAGCUUAAGACAUAAGACCACACCAGGAGUAUAUUAUACUAAAUACAUAGGCCAUCACAGAAAACCGGUAGUUCGACAACACACCCACAACAUGAGCAGAGUUGAGAGACUGGAGCAGUAUUGGCGGCUUUACCCAUAUCUGCCUUUGGACAUGCGAAAUCGAAUGGCCGACUUGGGCUUUGAAUAUUGUGGGUAUGCCAUACAUGGACUAAUCACAUCAAUGUUGCCAUUUGAGAAUUCAAUGUCUACCAUGCAAGCUCUAGACUCUGGGAGCAAAUACCAAUCUACUCACUUCUCUCAUAAGAUAACACCAACCAACGGAGAAACCGAAGGCCAAGGAGGCUUCCCAGACGACACAUACAGAAACUUCAACCAGAAGGCAAAGCCUUAAUUUAAAUAAUUUAAACAAUUAUAUUACGUUGACUUGUUUCCCUUUCGAUGUAUUAAAAUGCUAUCGAACCUACUGAUAAUUUAAAUAAAUCAAUCAUUUGUU